UGAAAAUUGAUAAUUUUAAAAUUCUAAAGGUGGCAUGGAAUCCUGAGCAUAAAUGUGGUGAACGAAUUCAGAAUAUAUUUUAAAAUGAACCGUCCGGAGGAAAGAUUUAACCCAUACGUAAACAAUGGAGGAACGGUCAUUGCCGCCACGUGGAACAACUACGCAGUCAUCGCCGCCGACACAAGACUCUCCCAGAGAUACUUGAUACAUACCAGAUUCUCAACCAAACUAUUCAAACUAACUGAUAAGUGUAUUUUGGGAACAUCAGGAAUGCAAGCAGAUAUGCUCGCGCUACAAUCAGUACUAGAAAGGCAGAUAGAGUUGUAUCGAUACACUCAUAACAGAGAACCCACAUUUAACGCUAUUGCUCAAUUACUCUCAACUGUUUUGUAUGGAAGACGUUUCUUCCCCUAUUACACCUUCAAUAUUCUGUGCGGGAUAGACGAACAAGGGAAGGGAGUCGUGUGUGGGUAUGACGCAGUUGGAAAUUAUAAUUAUGAAAAGUAUACAGCUCAGGGCACAAGUUCGUCACUGGUGAUAUCAGUCCUGGACAAUUUGUUGAAUGGAAAUAAUCAGAAAGUUAAGCCGGAAGUUAACUCACUAGAGGAUCUUGUGAAUUUGGUUAAAAACGCCAUGGUUUCAGCAGUAGAAAGAGAUAUUUGCACAGGAGAUUCUGCUGAGUUGGUUAUCUGCGAUGGAGUUGUAAUGGAGCCAGUUCACAUGGAUUUAAGAAUUGAUUAAUGUUCUCCACUCAUAUAUUA